CCAAUAAACUGAAAGGAUUCUUAUAUCGGUGACUGCAAUGUUUUGAAGUGAGCAAUGCAUAUUUGACACGAUUUUGACUUUUUUUUUGUUGCCAGAAAUGAAUAUACUCCCUAUUUUCAGAUCUGCUUUACGCGUAUUACAAACCAAUAGAUUUAGAACUUUAUCAUCUUGUCAACAUAAGAUGGCAUCCAUAAAACAUAAGAACGCGAAAAGAAUAGAAGGUCUGGACAAGAAUGUAUGGGUGGCCUUCACAUCAGUGGCAGCAGACCCUUCCAUUGUUAAUCUUGGACAGGGUUUUCCAGACAUUCCUCCUCCCUCCUAUGUGAAAGAGGGUCUCGUUCAGGCAGCAAUGGUAGACAGGCUGAACCAGUACACUCGUGGCUUUGGCCACCCAACUUUGGUUAAAGCCCUGUCAAAAGUAUAUGGAAAAGUAUAUGACCGUGAACUUGACCCGUUUAAAGAGAUCCUGGUAACAGUGGGUGGAUAUGGAUCUUUGUUCAGCACUAUGCAGGCUCUGGUUGAGGAGGGAGAUGAGGUUAUUAUUAUUGAACCUUUUUUUGACUGCUAUGUGCCUAUGGUGAAAAUGGCAGGAGCCAAACCUGUUUUAAUACCUUUGCGACUGAAGUCAACCGCAACAACCAGUAUAAGUAGUGCUGACUGGGUUCUGGACCAGGAUGAACUUGCUAGUAAAUUCAACUCCAAGACCAAGGCUAUCCUCAUCAACACUCCUAAUAACCCUAUUGGAAAAAUAUUCAGCAGGAAUGAGUUGCAAGGGAUUGCAGAUCUCUGCAUCAAACAUGACACACUGUGCUUCAGUGAUGAGGUAUAUGAAUGGCUCGUAUAUAAAGGCCAUGAGCAUGUAAAGAUAGCAACCCUCCCUGGAAUGUGGGACAGAACCAUCACUGUCGGCAGUGCAGGGAAAACAUUCAGUGUGACUGGAUGGAAGUUAGGUUGGUCAAUCGGACCUGAACACUUGAUCAAACACCUGCAGACUGUUAUGCAAAACAGUCUCUAUACGUGUCCGACCCCAUUACAGGAGGCUGUUGGCCAGGGUCUUCUUCGGGACUAUGAGCUGAUGGGUCAACCCGACUGUUACUUUUCCUCUCUAGCAUUAGAGCUGGAAGGGAAAAGAGACCGCAUGGCAGCCAUGUUGAGACAGAUUGGCAUGACUCCAGUGGUCCCUGAGGGAGGAUACUUCAUGAUAGUGGAUGUCACAGCACUCAAUCAGGACCUGUCACAUAUGGGAGAUGAAGAACCUUAUGACUACAAGUUUGUCAAAUGGAUGAUAAAAGAGAAGAAACUAGCUGCAAUUCCUGUAACAGCUUUUGUGGGGGAAGAUUCAGUAAAGCAGUUUGAGAAAUACAUUCGUUUAUGCUUUAUUAAGCAAGACAGUACCUUGGAUGAAGCAGAAGCCAUUCUGAAGAGCUGGAAAUCUGAUUUAUGAGAGCCUGAUAAUGUAGUAAUAAAUGUGCAGCACUGGUCAGAUAACAUAUUUUACUUGAAUUUUAUAUUAACCUAAACUGUGGCUGAAGUGUCUUUAGAGCUUGUAUUUACAGUUUUCUGGAUCAGUCAGUUUUAAAGCCUGUUGGGAUUAUGGUUCAAUUUUUAGAUUAAUAUUUUGUCACAGGCUAUUAGUUGUAUUACAUUUGCUGAAUUUAAUGCUUGUACAAAUAAAAUUCUUAUUGACACCAAACGUUACUGUAGGUAGAAUAGAAUGUGCUGUUAGUUCAGACCUUGUGAGAUGGAAACGGCAUGUUUAAUGCAGCACCGUGUAGUAUCUCAUUUAGCUGCAUUUCUGAUAUCAGGUUCCAUCAGUAUAACUAUAUCUGUGACUCUCCAUGCAGAAGUCAGGAAUUAUUUAGUUCCAGUGUUUGUUUUUGCAUUAAUUCACAAUUUUUACAGUAAAUCACAUUUACCCACAGAGUACAAUUCAUGUCAUGGCUGUGGUGCAGCAGUUAGAAACCAAAGCAUGCUUUCAUAGCAACAUUCUAGCAUGUUGAGCGAUGGUGCUUACGUGAGAGAUACAUGUUUGAUUCUGACCUGCAACAUGUCCUGGUCCCAUUUCUUUUGACCAAUAUUUUCCUGUCAUUCUCCACUGUCUUGAACUGUUUUUUCCCCAAGACAAUAUCAUUAGUCAACCUCAAGAUGGCAUUAUUCAGCCAAAAAUAUGUAAUACAGGUGGAACAUUAACACCUGGUUUCACAGACAGGUUUCACAGUCUAGUCUCAGGUUAAAAUGCAUGUUUGAGCUGUUUUAACUGAAAGAAACUUGCACUGAGAUAUUAAAAUAUGUCAGUGCCAUUGUUUUGUCUCAAAAACUUUUGUGUUCCGCCAAGAAACUUUGCGUUCGAUCGCAAAGAGCUCAAAAGGUUUUGCGAGCAAACGCAAAAGUUUAUGGAGGACGAAACCUGCAAAAACUAAUAAAAAAUAAAUACAUAAAUAAAUCCACAAAAUUAUACAUGCAUAAAUAUAUAAAUGUGUAAAUAAAUAUAUAAAUCCACAAA